GAAAUCCUCCCCUCAACGUAUAAAUACCACCGCUUCACUUGAACCCUUUGAUCCAUCACCACCGUUUCACCCGGUGUCUCCGCCACGCUCCGCCGCCUCACCCACCUCUUUAGCCGUAAUCUUGAGUGUCAUUUCAUACGAUGACAAUCGCCAAACAAACGUCUGGUGAACUGAAAAUACGAGUCAACACUUGUCUUAACAAACUUGCAGACAGAGACACACUUUCUAUGGCCACCUACGAACUCGAGAACAUAGCUAGAGCACUCUCAACCGACGCUUUGGCUCCGUUCUUGAAUUGCAUCUCCUCCACGGACUCCUCGGAGAAAUCCCCCGUCCGCCGCCAAUGCGUCCGUCUUUUGGGCGUCCUCUCCGCCGCUCAUGGCGAUGCUCUGUCGCCCCACCUGUCACGUAUGAUCUCGGCCGUCCUCCGCAGGCUUCGUGAUCCCGAUUCCGCCGUCCGAGCUGCCUGCGUAGACGCAGUUGCAUCCAUCACCACUAACGUGACGUCGCAACCGUUCGCCACCGUCCUCAAACCCCUCAUUGACGCGCUUUUCCACGAACAAGAUAUGAACGCUCAGAUCGGUUUGUCGCUCUGCCUCUCUGCGGCGGUGGACGCCGGGGGGAAAAUUGACGUGGCGGAGCUGAGGAAGCUUUCGGCAAAGGUUUUGAAGUUGGUGAGGAGCGAGUGUUUCAAGGCGAAGCCUGCUUUGUUACUUUUUCUCGGUAGUAUAGUGGGUUCUGGUUGUGGGAGGAGCAAGAGUCUGAUUACUUCUUUGAUUUCAACUGUGGUUGAGUUCUUGGGCAGUGAAGAAUGGGCAACGAGAAAAGCUGCGGCGGAGGUCUUGGAGAAGGUGGCAGUGGUGGAGAGAGAUUUGGCGCCGGAGUUCAAGGUUCCGUGCGUCUCUGCUCUGGAGAGCAGACGAUUUGAUAAGGUUAAGGUUGUCCGAGAGACGAUGAAUCGAGCAUUGGAGAUAUGGAGAGAUGUUCCUGCGCCAUUGCAAGAAGUGACUGCACCACCAAAAGAUAACCGCAGCCGGCGCUCCUCUGUCUUGCCCUGCAGAAGUCCGUGCAAUAGUGGCUUGCAAACUCCAGCACCAAUGAGGAAAAUUAUGCCGACCCUGUCACCUGCAUUGAGUUAUUCGUCUACAGCCAGCAGUCGGGAAACCAUUCUAGGUAUUGAGGAGGACAAGAAACCAUGUAUUUGUAAAUCCAAUAAGCUCGAUACUAGGAAAAAUCUUCUAGUGGUUCCCUUGAACUGUGAGGACAAUUUGAAUUUGGCUGAUGAAGAUGUUAAGAAACUCAAUGAAAAGGAGUUGGAGGACCUGUGUGUGAUCCGCAAACAGCUUAUGCAGAUUGGAAACCAGCAAUCUAGCUUGUUGGACCUGCUCCAGAGAUUUAUGGGAAGCUCGGAGAAGGGAAUGAGUUCUUUAGAAAAACGAGUGGCGGGGCUGGAGAAGGUGGUAGACGAGAUGAAGCAUGGUUUGGCAAUGCCAACUAAAGGGAUCUUCGGACCUGAAUGUGCAGGAAAUACAUGUUGUUAAGUAGCCGGAGCAGAAUUUCUCAGUCCAAAGUUUUGGAGGAAAACUGAAGGCCAGAAUGUCAAUUCUUAGUUUACUAGUUUUUCCAAAAGGUAGUUCAUGCUUAGAAGUAUUUAUAAAUACUGUAGUGCA